AUGCGGGAGAACGACACCUGGAAGACACACUUGUCGGUGGAGCAACAGGGCCACAUGGCCAACUAUUGGAAGCAGCUGCGCCACAAGUGCUAUGACUACUGGAUGAACGAGGUCGACAAUGAAAAUCUGAUGCAGGCCCAUGGCAUUCUCAAGGAAGCCGUCUCACGCUGCACUCGCGACUUCCGGGAGAAGACAAACCAUGCUCCUUGGCGCAGUUCUCACCGUUCUACAGCCCCCCAAGGCAUCCCUGUUAGCUCCGUCUCACAAGCCAGGCGCCUUGUUGCAGAAGUCACAUCUCUGCGACUCCUUGCGCAACCCCUAAGUUGCAGAAGUUUGUUCGGCAGGGUCGUCCACCUACCGGUGAACUUAACCCUCUUGCUUGUGGGCAACCUAUUCUACUGA